GUUCUCUUUCCGCCUGAUCCGCCUGACGCGACCGUCAUUCCGCUGCAGCAUUGCGACUCCGCCUGGAAGUCCGCACUUGAUCACGCAGACCUGGUUGACAACUUGCUGGCGACUGAACUCCGUGAGGGGUGGAUCCGUCCGGUCCCCGGCGGGGACGAGGAGCUCCGGCGCCGCUAUCGCCACACUGCCGUGGGCAAACUGGGCGUAGUGGUCUCGCCUGAUCGUCCGCCCCGUCUUGUUGUGGAUAGUUCCGUCAGCGGCGUCACCUCUAAUACCCACCUCCCUAAUAAGGCCCCUAACCCCUCCUUGGCCGACGUCCGCAAGUGCCUUCCACUUUGCCCGGCUAACGAGUCCCUGGCCGCCCUGGUGCUUGACGUCUCCAAGGCUCACCGUCGCGUCUGCGUCCGGCAUGAUGAUCAGGGGCUGCUCUGUUUCCGCCACCGCGACGUCCUGUACCAGUCCGUCACCCUUAACUUUGGUGCUAGGGCCUCCGGUUUCUAUUGGAACAGGGUUGCGGGUCUGUUAGUCCGACUCACGCACCGUCUGUGGCGUGUCCGUCACUCAGCCCAAAUUUACGUCGAUGACUUGCUAGCUAUUCUGCUUCGGUCAUCCGCGCCUCUCUUGUCCGCGCUGCUCGUUGUUCUGCUCUGCGUUCUUCGCGUCCCAAUGAGUUGGCACAAGGCCGCUCUGUCUGCCCGUGUGACUUGGAUCGGGUGGUCUUUUGAUUUCGAGACCUUCACGGUUCAAUUAGAUCCCUCCAAAUUGCGCCGUCUGCUCGACUUACUCAGGCUGCUGUCCGACUCACCACGUUGCACAAUCUCGGCGCUCGAGAAGCUCACUGGAAAGCUCCUCUGGCUCAGCAACCUGUUCCAGUCAUUCCGGCCGUCUCUUGACCUGCGCAUCACCUCUCCCCUUCCGCUUGUGGCCAUUCCCGUGGGCUGCAAGCUGCUCCGUAUUGCGCAUACCCAAGUCUCCAGCCUCAAAGAUGUCCCUCAGCACAUCUCGUCACGGCGUGUCUGGGUUCAGGUCGCCAACCCCCUCCGUCCGGAGAGGGAGCUCUCGCCGGAAUCUUUGGAGGUCCUCCGCAUGUGGCUCGCCCUCGCCAGUUCUCCGCAGCCCUUCAGGUGGUUACUGUACCGUCCGCUGUUUGUCUGCGAGGCCUCUGCGGACGCAUGUGCAGACUCCACUUCGGCGGGGUUGGGCGGAUUUAUCCGCCUCCCUGACGGUAGACAAGCAUGCUUCGCGCAGACACUGUGCGCAGAAUUGCUGUCUGACCUUUUCCCUUGGUUUCCGUCUGGUACGUCUCCCCAGCAUUGCAUUGCAGCGUGGGAGAUGCUAGCUCAG